UCCUCUUGUCUUGUCUUCUCGUGGGGCCUUCGGUAUUCUUGCGCGGCGCAAUCCCAACCAACUUCAGAGAGAGAGAGAGGGAGGUUUCCCAUGGCGGCGGCGGCGGAGGACGGCGGCGUGGCCCGGCAGGCGGAGCUCCGGCGCGCCGAGGGCAACGCGUGCUUCCGCAAGGCCCGCCUCGGCGCCGCCAUCGACUGCUACACCGAGGCGAUUGCGCUGUGCCCCGGCGUCGCGGUCUACUGGGUGAACCGGGGCCUCUGCCACUUCCGCCGCAAGGACUGGGCCAGGGUCGAGGAGGACAGCAGGAGGGCGCUCGCGCUCGACGACGCCUCCGUCAAGGGGCACUAUCUGCUAGGGUGCGCGCUGCUCGAGAAGGAGGACUGCGCUCUCGCCGUCAAGGAGUUCGAGAAGGCUUUGGAUCUCUUGAAGUCUUCAAAUUCAAGGGACAAAAUGGCGGAGGACAUUUGGCAGGUUCUUGCCAAGGCCAAGUACCAAGACUGGGAAAAGCACUCCACUCAGCGGGUUUGGAAGAUGCAAAGUUUAAGGGAAGCUUGUGAAAAUGCUCUGCAGGAGCAUCACUUUCUUAGCGGUACUCUUUCAGAAGACUCUGAGGGGACAACCAAUGAGUAUCCAGAGCAAUGCAAAUUGUUAUCCGAAGUCUUCACAAACGCUAUACUUGCUGAUACGCCAGGAGAUGUGCCCGACUACCUUUGCUGUCAAAUAACUUUUGAGAUUUUUAGAGAUCCAGUUAUCACACCCAGUGGUGUAACAUAUGAGAGGGCCAUACUGCUUGAGCAUCUCCACAAGGAAACAACACAGAAGCUUGAACAAAUGAACAGUAGCUGGUGUAGCUGAGUUGAACUGGUACAUUAUUUGAUUGGCAUAGGUAUGACACCAGGUGGGCAAUUUCGACCCAGUGACACGGGAGCCCUUGAAGGAGCAUCAGUUGGUUCCGAAUCUCGCCAUCAAGGAAGCAGUGCAAGCCUACCUCAAGGAGCACAGCUGGGCCUACAAGUCGAACUGAAGCUGUCCUGUUACCGCUUAAGUGCUAACAAGAUGUGUUGAUAGUAUCUGAGUUGCAAAGGGGGGUCCAUUCUUCACUUUUGUGUUGGGCUGAUUGAUUCUUUGUAAAUCCUAAUGAACACUUGGCAAUUGUACAUAACCAGCCAACACAGUGGAAGCUAAAGCAGCUUGCUUGACCUGUGAUUAUCUGUUGCAGUUCGCCUAUAGGAUGGUCAUUUUCAGUGCUAGGUCUCUAAGAUUUGGUGGAACUUGGCUGUACACUUGAUAGUGGUUUGUGUGAUAAUGUAGAUUGAUCAUUUGUUUGGUCCAGUAAUAAUACAUUUUUCCACUUUUCCUUUUGUUGCCA